UCACUCGGCAUGAUUCGGAACUGCGCGCGCAGCGUGAUGUCAAAACGCUUUUCCGCAGUGCAUUGUGGGUAAGAGUCUCUCUCUCCGGUCAAAAUGUCUGACAUGGAAGAUGAUUUCAUGUGCGAUGAUGAGGAGGAUUAUGACUUGGAGUAUUCAGAGGACAGCAACUCUGAGCCCAAUGUUGAUCUGGAGAACCAGUACUACAACUCCAAGGCCCUGAAGGAAGAUGAUCCUAAAGCAGCCCUGAGCAGCUUCCAGAAGGUGCUGGAGCUGGAGGGAGAGAAGGGAGAAUGGGGCUUCAAAGCACUGAAACAGAUGAUUAAGAUCAACUUCAAGCUUACAAAUUUUCCAGAAAUGAUGAACCGGUACAAACAGCUUUUGACGUACAUCAGGAGUGCUGUCACCAGAAACUACUCGGAGAAAUCCAUCAACUCUAUUCUAGAUUAUAUCUCAACCUCCAAACAGAUGGACUUGCUACAAGAGUUUUAUGAGACCACACUGGAAGCAUUAAAAGAUGCCAAAAACGACAGACUUUGGUUUAAAACGAACACCAAGCUGGGAAAGUUGUACCUGGAAAGAGAAGAGUUUGCAAAGCUCCAGAAGAUUCUCAGGCAGUUGCAUCAGUCAUGUCAGACGGAUGACGGAGAGGACGACUUGAAGAAGGGCACUCAGCUGUUGGAGAUCUAUGCUUUGGAGAUUCAGAUGUAUACGGCACAGAAAAACAACAAGAAACUCAAAGCCCUGUAUGAGCAGUCAUUACACAUUAAAUCAGCCAUCCCACAUCCGCUCAUCAUGGGGGUCAUCAGAGAGUGUGGCGGUAAAAUGCACCUGAGGGAGGGAGAGUUCGAGAAGGCACAUACAGACUUUUUCGAAGCUUUCAAAAACUAUGACGAGUCUGGAAGCCCCAGGCGAACCACUUGCCUGAAGUACCUGGUCUUGGCCAACAUGCUGAUGAAGUCUGGAAUCAAUCCAUUUGAUUCUCAAGAGGCAAAACCUUACAAAAAUGAUCCAGAAAUUCUAGCGAUGACAAACCUGGUAAGUGCCUACCAGAACAAUGACAUCACAGAAUUUGAGAAAAUCCUAAAGACGAAUCACAGCAACAUAAUGGACGACCCCUUCAUCAGAGAACAUAUUGAGGAAUUGCUACGGAACAUAAGAACACAAGUGCUCAUCAAAUUGAUUAAGCCUUACACUAGGAUACACAUACCAUUUAUUUCAAAGGAAUUGAAUAUUGAUGUUGCAGAUGUGGAAAGCUUGCUUGUGCAGUGUAUUUUAGACAACACAAUCAACGGUAGAAUUGAUCAAGUCAAUCAGCUGUUGGAGCUCGAUCACCAGAAACGAGGUGGAGCUCGAUACACCGCCCUGGACAAAUGGACCAAUCAGCUGAACACUCUCAACCAGGCCAUUGUUAGCAAACUGGCUUGAUUUGACACUGACGAUCCUGCAAAA